AUGGCUGUCAUGACAGAAACAGUGCCUGUGAAUAUCAAAAAAGACAAAAAGAAGGAUAAAAAAGAAAAGAAAAAGACGCAACUAGACGACGAGCGUUUUAAGCCUGUUCAGAACCCUAUCUUUAAAGUGGAAGAGUCAAAACGUUCCACUUUACUGGUACAGACACCUGCUGAACUUCAGGGAUAUGCUGCUCAGAAAUAUGUACCUAGUCAUGGAUACACUCAUUUGGAUCCAACCAAGCAUGAAAAUGCACAUUCUGCUUUUAAGCAAUUACAACAAAUCGUAACAGCAAGCCAAUUGUCUUCUUCUGAUCAACCUCAACGUUUAGCUGAUGGUGCUAUCAUUUUGCAACAAUGCCGUGCCUUAUGGAACUAUGAAGCCAAGAUUGCUUCGGAACUGUCCUUUUUAGCCAAUGAUCGUUUCGCUAUCCUGAACAGACAACCUGACGGCUGGUGGUAUGCUGAACUUUUAGAUCCUGUCAGAAGGAAACGAGGUCUUGUACCAGGCAACUAUAUGACGCCUGUUUGA